AUGUUCUUGAGGUCGGACGAAGCCGGCUGCCAUCACAAUAACAGUUUGGUUGCUGCUGUUCGGGAUAUUGGAGAUAAUGUUGGAGUUAAGGUGUGUGGAUAUCAUUACUCUGAGCCAAAAAAUGGAAAAGAUGUUUGUGACAGGAUUUUGUGUCCAAUGAAACUUGCCAGAAAGACGUAUUGCAAUGAAGACAAUGAUAUACUUUCCGCCAGUGAUAUGACGAAAGCGUUAACAGAAAGAAGAGUGAAAGGAACUGCCGCUUGCGUUAACACUAUCAGCGAGGCAAACAAAAGCCUUGAAAUAAGAGAUAUUCCAAACAUCAAUGCAUACCAUAAUUUUAAUUACGAAAAGGAUGGAAUAAGAGUGUGUAAAGCCCAUGGCAUUGGCCCUGGGAAGUUGAUAAAAAAAUAUGAAGACAUAUACGCAACCCAUCAGUCUUCUACAGCAAUGUGCACGAGAAGUUAA